GGCGAGGGAAAAAGCUUACUUUAUAUGGUUCAUCAAGAUAUAUACCAUACCAUUUGCAAAGCAAUUAUCUUACGGAUCCUAUUUUUGGAAUGUAAAGGGUCUUCUCCAGUAUCUUUACAUACAUUGUGUCCCGUUGUAUCUAUCGAUUCAACAAACCUUAGCUCCGGCGAUCUUGAAUCUGCAAAACCCAUGGCGUCUUCACCUGGUAACACUAACCCUUACCCUCCUCCGUUCGAUGUCAGUAAUUUCAUCAAACCCUCUCCAAACCCUUAUCCUACGCCCCCGGCUUCUUAUCCUCCACCCGCCGGACCUUUCCUUCACAACCAGUACCACCAGCAGCUCUAUAUGCCUCCCGGAAUCUCCGGUCAACCAUCUCCGGCGUCCUCCGCGGCGACUCAGACGCAACAAGAGCCGCCUCCGGCUUCCUCCUCGUCCGCUGCUAACCUGCACCCGCAGAGAUCGCUUUCGUAUCCUACUCCACCUCUCAACCUUCAAUCGCCUCAAGCGAACCACAACCCUGGUACGCAAAUCCUCGCUCUCCUCAACAAUAACAAUGGGGGAAGCGGCAACAACGGCGCCACGGCCAAUCAAGAUCCGUCGCUUCUACUGUCGGGACUGCAUCCACACGAGAUUGCACGGCCGUUCCCGGGUGGUUCGGUUCCAGUCCGUGCCCAGAGCCGCAAGAUGCCCAAAGGAAGGCGCUUGGUCGGUGAACAUGCUGUGUACGAUGUGGACGUGAGAUUGCAGGGAGAGAUUCAACCGCAACUCGAGGUGACUCCGAUUACCAAAUACGGGUCGGAUCCCCAGCUCGUAGUGGGUCGACAAAUCGCUGUGAAUAAGGUCUAUAUAUGCUACGGUCUGAAGGGAGGGAACAUUCGGGUUCUCAACAUAAACACCGCAUUGAGAUCUUUGUUCCGAGGCCAUACUCAGAGAGUAACGGACAUGGCAUUCUUUGCUGAGGAUGUCCACCUGUUGGCUAGCGUUAGCCUAGAGGGAAAAGUUUUUGUAUGGAAAAUUUCUGAGGGGUCAGAAGGAGAGGAUCAACCCCAGAUUACCGGAGGAAUAGUUCUUGCUGUUCAAAUACUAGGGGAGGAGGAUGCAAAGCAUCCACGUGUGUGUUGGCACUGUCACAAACAGGAAAUUUUGGUGGUUUCAAUUGGAAAACAUUUAUUGCGGAUUGAUACUACCAAAGUUGGCAAAGGUGUAGUGCAUUCGGCAGAGGCACCUCUUCAGUGUCCCCUUGAUAAGCUGAUUGAUGGCAUCCAGCUUGUUGGCAAACAUGAUGGAGAAAUUACGGAUUUGUCAAUGUCCCAGUGGAUGAAAACUCGCUUGGUUUCUUCUUCAGUGGAUGGCAUGAUUAAGAUAUGGGAAGACCGUAAAGCACAACCACUUGCAGUUUUAAGGCCACAUGAUGGCCAUCCGGUCAAUUCAGCCACAUUCAUGACAGCUCCUGAGAGACCUGAUCACAUCAUACUUAUCACAGGGGGUUCUCUAAAUCGAGAAAUGAAAAUCUGGGUCUCAGAUGGUGAAGAAGGGUGGCUCAUACCUACUGAUGCUGAAUCAUGGAAGUGCACCCAGACACUUGACCUACAGAGUUCAGCUGCGCCACGAGCUGAAGAGGUGUUUUUCAACCAAGUUAUAGCAUUGUCUCAAGCUGGCCUGCUUUUACUUGCAAAUGCAAAAAGGAACGCCAUUUAUGUUGUGCACUUGGGCUAUGGUUCUUGUCCAGUUGAGACAAGGAUGGAUUACUUGGCAGAAUUUACAGUCACUAUGCCUAUAUUGAGUUUUACAGGGACAGAUGAUCCUCCUGAAGAGCACAUUGUUAAGGUUUACUGUGUUCAGACUCAAGCUAUCCAACAAUAUACUUUAGACUUAUGCCAGUGCCUGCCACCUCCUGUAGAGAACGUGGGUCUGGAGAAGUCAGAUUCAAGUGUCUCACGGGAGUUGAAUCCUGCUGGAGGCACGUCAGAUGCAUCUGGACAGAAGCCUACCGAAAUACCUCCAGCUGACUUGAUGCCCAAACAAUCUGUUCAAGUAGGUAGAUCGGAAAGUGCAAAUGCCAUUAGGUUUUCAGGGAGCUCUGCUUCAAUUGAAACCACAGCACAAGAAGUUGCUCCGACCAAUGGUGAACCUAAAACUUCUGGCCUGGUAUCUGCAACCAGUGAUACUGAUAUUAGGUAUGCUCCUUCUCCACCACUUCCUCUUAGUCCUAGGUUGUCCCGGAAACGUUCUGGUUGUCAUGCUCCAGGAAAUACCUUUGAGUCAGCAGUACCUCAGGUUGAUCUCGGUGGUAAACCACCAGCCACUGAUUAUUCUGUUGACAGUCAAAUGGAGGCUAAUGUGUCCUCUGCUGAUGAUGGCUCGAGGAGGAAUGAUGACAAAGUCACACACGAUGAUGCAUUUGUAAUUCGAAACCAACCGGUUGUUUUCAAACAUCCCACUCAUCUUGUAACUCCUUCGGAGAUAUUGAUGGGUGUUUCAUCUGCUGAAGCUACCAGUAUUACUGAGGGCAAGAGAGAUAGAGAUGCAAAUGUUCAGGAUGUUGUGAAUACUGAUGUGGGAAGCGCAGAGGUGGAUGUUGAAGAAGCAGGUGAAGGGAGAUCAUCUCAGAAUGACGAAGUUAACUAUCAGGAAGAAACUGAGAACCGUAUUUCAGAAAACAUAGAAAAAAUAUUCUGCUCCCAGGCCUCAAAUCUCAGCACUGAAAUGGCAAGAGACCGUCAUGCUGUUAUGGAGGAGAGUUAUGUUCCUGAGGAAUCACAAACACGUGGCCAAUCUUCAGAAGCUGGGGAGGAAGGAGGACGUGAUGCAAGAAGCGCAUCUGGAAAAUUUCCUGAGGCUUCACCAUCUGCGCUGCCAAAGCCAUCAGCUUCAAAUAACAAAGGGAAGAAACAGAAGGGUAAAAGUUCACACGGUUCCAGUUUGUUGUCUACAUCGUCAAAUGCUACCAGUCUGGCAGACUCUUAUAAUGAAGGUCAGAACUCAAGUCUUCCAACUAUAGAGUCACUACUGCCUCAGCUCCUAGUUAUGCAAGAGACAAUGAAUCAGCUAAUGUCUUCACAGAAGGAGAUGCAGAGACAACUAUUGAAUGCUGUCAAUGGUCCUAUCAGUAAAGAAGGUAAAAGACUAGAAGUGGCUUUAGGAAGAAUGAUCGAGAAAGUCACCAAGGCGAACGCUGAUGCUUUAUGGGCUCGUUUUCAAGAGGAGGCAGCUAAAAAUGAAAAAAGAGUGCGUGAUCACACACAGCAAAUAGUAAAUGCAAUGACGAACUUCAUGAACAAAGAAUUGAAUGAUGUGUUUGAGAAAGUGGUAAAGAAAGAAUUUGCUGCAAUAGGACCUGCUAUAGUUCGUGCAGUAACACCAGCUAUUGAGAAAACAACAUUGUCAGCCAUCACUGAGUCCUUCCAGAGAGGAAUCAGUGAUAAAGCAAUCAAUCAACUCGACAAAUCUGUUAAUUCAAAGCUUGAAGCUACCAUAGCCAGACAAAUUCAAGCUCAAUUUCAGACAUCUGGCAGGCAAGCCCUCCAGGUUCGCGAGGCUCUCAGGUUCAGUCUGGAAGCUUCGAUUAUCCCUGCCUUUGAGAUGUCAUGCAAGAACAUGUUUGAGCAAGUAGAUUCUACUUUCCAGAAAGGGUUUGGUGAGCACACAGGUGCUGCCCAGCAACAGUUUGAAUCAGCACAUUCUCGGCUCGCGCACACUUUAAGGGAAACCAUUAAUUCUGCUUCCUCAGUAGCACAAACCUUAAAUUGUGAACUAGCCGAUGGUCAGAGGAAACUUAUAGCUCUUGCAGCUGCUGGAGCUAACCCGGGUGCAACAAAUGCCUUGGUUACUCAACUAAGCAACGGACCUUCGGGUGCCCUCCUUGAAAAGGUUGAGGCACCUCUGGACCCAACUACAGAAUUAUCUCGGAUGGUAUCAGAGCGCAAAUACGAGGAAGCUUUCACAUCUGCUCUACAAAGGAGUGAUGUCUCUAUUGUCUCCUGGCUAUGCUCACAGGUGGAUCUUCAUGGGCUACUGGCAAUGGUGACGAUUCCGCUGAGCCAAGGGGUGCUUCUGUCACUUAUGCAGCAGCUGGCGUGCGACAUCAAUAAUGACACUUCCCGGAAGCUGAGUUGGAUGACGGAUGUUGCUGCGGUCAUAAACCCAGGAGAUCAGACGAUAGCGGUUCACGCCCGUCCUAUCCUCGAACAGGUGUACCAGAUCCUCCACCACCACCGCUCCACACCUGGCUUGACCGGAGCUGACCUAUCCUCCAUCCGCCUAGUAAUGCACGUCAUCAACUCCAUGCUCAUGAGCUGUAAAUAAAUGAUUAUGGUAAUUACGUCUGCUGCCCUUUUCUCAUCGUUCAUAUACGUACUUUGGUGUCUCUCUCAUCAUGUCUGAAGCAACCAACCUUUGGUUGUCUGGUAAAUGGUCAGGUGGAUUAAAACAUAGGAGUAUACGGUCUUUCUCUUCUCUGUAUUUGUAUUCGUUAGAUUUUGAUUCUCUUUCUUGU